AUGGAAUCUCCCACUCCCUCACCAAACAUAGUAGAUCUGAAUCUGAAGAUAACUCGUAUAGAAUGCCAUUCUGAAUGCUUGCUUAUAGUGUUCCAGGGUCAGUACAAGGCAGGAUGUGAGCUUGACUAUUACAUACUACAAAAUGAAUUACAACGUGUAUUCAAAGUAAAAGAUAAUGUUUACGUUGGUGGAUCUUGUUUGGUGGAAGACAUGGAAGGAAAAUGGCAUAGAGGAAGAGUUUUGGAAAAGAAAAAGAAUAUCUGUGAGGCUUUUCUUAUAGACACUGGGCAAGUGCUAGUGGUUGAGGAAACACAUCUUGCUUCUGCUUGUGAUGAAUUGUUUCAGCUGCCUCCAAAGGUGGUUUUGGGCAUUUUUGCAAGCAUACUUCCUCUUGGAGAAAAAUGGAGUCCAAAAGCCAUUAACUAUUUUUCAUCUCUGGUAGGAUUACAGAUUACAGGUCAUGUGAAAGCUGUUAUACCAUACCAACUGUUUAUUCUAGAAGUGCCAAAGAUCAUUAGUGAUGUUCUUGAACUGCAGUUAGGAAAAUUUAUUGAUGGAGAUUCAUUUUGCCUUAUUGUAGAAACAUUAAGAGCGUUUCCCCAAGAAAUGCUUUGUAAGAGAGUGCCACAAUUGAUGCAACAGAAGUAUCCAGUCAAGGAGUUGCUUACUUUCAGUAAUUUUGAGAAACCAACAGACUUUUGGCCAGUUCCAGAUGAUCUCUUUCCACGUCUACCUGUUGGCAGUAAAGAAAAUGUAAAAAUAACUGUUGCAGUAAGCCCAAAUAAGUUUUACUGUCAGAUACAGAAAUGGCAGAAAGAGCUGGAAGAUUUGGCAGGAGCUAUGCAUUUGUACUAUGAAGCUAUCAGUACAGAAAAUAAUAAAUAUUUUGGUAGUUUAGGGCUACUCUGUGCUGCCAAAAGGCAAAAUGGGCAGUGGCAUAGAGGAGUGAUAAAACAGCUUCUUUCUGACCAAGUGGAAGUCUGGUUUAUGGAUUUUGGCCAUACUGAAGCUGUGCCAUCUAGUUGUGUUCAAAAACUUAGAGCUGAGUUCAUGGCGUUACCAAUGAUUUCAUUUCCAGGUGCGCUGUCUUGUUUUAGGAGUCAGGAUGAAACAGUAAUAAAAAUUCAGCUGAAAGAACUUACACAGGCCUUGAUAGGACAAACUUCUGUGUGUGUCCAUGUUGAUUUAUUCAAUGACAUUAAACGCUUGUAUUAUGUUACGCUGCAAAAUCAAAAUCUUGGAAUUAAUGCUAAGCAUCCAGAAAACCUGAAUGAGGCAGCUGCAUCAUGCGUGUCUCUUUCAGAAACAAAAAUUGCAAGUAUUGCUGUAAACUACAAAGCAUGUGAUGAGAGACACAAUUCAUUUAAGAAUUGUACUGGAAAUAAACCUACAAAAAACUGCUUAUCUGUACGGGAUAUUUCUUUGUCAAGCCACUACAAAAGAGUAGAAAUGCAAAUUAAUUCUUUCCAUACUGCUCUUGUGGUAUAUGUCAUAAAUCCAUCUGACUUCUGGAUUCAAACAUGUGAAUAUCAGAAUGAAUUUCAAGCUUUGAUGAAAAAUAUUGCGGAUGCGUAUAACCAAUGUGGAGCUGAUGAAAUGGUCCUUAAAAACCCAGAACCUGGAUUGCUGUGCUGUGCCCGUUAUAGCAAAGACAUGCAUUAUUAUCGGGGUGUUGUCAUUGAAGUGCUGCAUGUAAACAUUACUGUUUAUUUUUUGGACUUUGGAAAUACAGAUACAGUACCUUGUUAUGAUGUGAAAACGUUGCUUCCUGAGUUUUCUCAUUUACCAGCUUUAGCUAUGUGUUGUGGACUUGCUUGCACAUUUCCUGUUGAUGAUGUGUGGGUUAAAAAGGAAACAGAUUUCUUCAAAGACAUUGUGUUUAACAAGCCACUCUUGCUUCAUGUCAUUGGAAAGCAAAACAACAAGUAUAUUGUUAAUGCACAGUAUAAAAAUGGCUUGCAGCAAGGAAAUGUUGCCACAUGUAUGGUUCAAGCUGGAUAUGCUGAAUACUGGGAGAAGACACUAGAUUCUGUUUUAAGUUUGACAAAAAAUAGUCAAGCCGUGAAUCCCCACAAACUAAAAAAAAAAAAAGUAAAUGCACAGAGCAUGUGUAAUAUUCGUAAAAAUAAGGUAUCUGGAAAUGGAGCGAUAUUUCCAAAGGAAAAAUCAGUAGGUGUGCCUUCAGUACAGAGAGAAUCUGUUGUGCUGUCCUGUUUUGGAGAAGGUGCUGUCUCUAGAAGGUGUAAAUCGACUGACUCACUUAAUUGGUCUGAAGAAAUAUGUAGACAUUUUGAAGACUUCAUUUCUGCUUCUAGAGGACCAUUGACUUGCAUAAUUUAUGCUCUUAUUCUUGUAAGCCCCAACUGUUUAGGCAAUAUAGUUGGCUUACAUACUCCAUUUAUUACUGCAGAGGAAUUCCUCAGAGAACGUGGUCUCACCCAGUCUGAACAUACUGGUCUGAGAAACCUUGCAUCUUUGGGUUCUCUGUACAGUUUUUACUACUCAUCUUUUAAUAUAAAAAUUGGAAGUGAGGAGGAGGUCUAUAUAACUCAUGUACAUAGUCCUUCAAAAUUCUAUUGUCAGCUUAAUCGAAACACUGAAACUAUAGAGGCUUUGAUGAGGAAAGUUAGUGUCAUAAGUAAAAUGUCAAAUACUGCAAAAUAUGGUACCAGCAAUACACGAUUAUGUAUAGCCAGAUACUUUGAAGAUGGUCUCUUUUAUAGAGCUUUGGCUUUUCCUGUGGAAUCAACAUCCUAUCUUUAUGCUGACUUUGUGGAUUUUGGAAAUAAGAAUAUGGUGGAGAGAGACCAGUUGAUGCCUAUUCCAGACUCUGCUACUGACCUCAUAUUCACACCCAUGCAAGCUAUUAAAUGCUGCCUCUCAGAUCUUAAGGAAACAAAAAUUCCCGCAAGAGUUACUAGAUGGUUUGAAGAAACAUUCCUUGGUAAGCUGCUGAAGGCUGUAAUUGUAUCCAGAGAAUCAGAUGGACAGAUUGUUGUGGAGUUGUAUGAUGGACACCUCAAAGUAAGUCAGAAAAUUAAAAAAAAAAUGCUGGAAGAAUUGUCACCGAAAAAUUAUACGGAACAAUUUGUUGGAAGUAAUGGAGGAGCAAUACGUCACAUGGAAGAUAAGAAAGAAAAUAAAGUAACUGUUAAAAAUCCUGGAAGAGUUAAAUUGAAAACUGAAGUGAAGUGCCAAGUAUAUGAUAAGUGUUAUCAGACAGAUUUUGGGCAGAAUUUUGGAGAUGAAGAGCAAACUGCAUGUAGCACAUACAAGUUGCGUAGAUGGCCCUCAAAACUGCUAACUUCACAGGACAGUGAAGAACCAGGUUUUAGAAAUGCUGUCAGUGCUGUUCUGGAGCACAGAGAGGAACCUAUAGUUGGAGAGCCUGCUUCUCAGUCAAUCUGUCAUCCUGCUUUAAAUUCAAAGGAAAUAACUGAAAGGAGUAACAAAAACAUACCUCCAUUAAUCAGUCUUCCUCAACAUGAUAUUCAGGUGAAUUCUGAAGUAGCAGGGUAUAUUUCUCAUAUGAAUAGUCCAUCAAAUUUCUAUGCUCAGCUUGCAGAGGAUGAAAACCUAACAAAACAACUAACAGAAGAAUUAAAUGAAAGCAUGGUGAAUAUAGGUCAUGAAAAUUGGUUCCAUGAACAUGUGGUAGGGGAUCUUAUUGUAGCAGAGCAUGACAGUGGUUGUUUUUGCUACAGAACAGUUAUUAAAACUCUGAAAUCAGGAGACUCCUUUGAGGUAGAGUUCAUUGACUAUGGUAAUGCAGCAGUUUUAAGUCCUUCAAAAAUCUACAGGAUUCAGAAAAAGUUCUUAACUUUGCCAUGCCUCAGUGUUGAUUGUUUCCUUAGCAGAGUAAAAAGUGUUUGUGAUGGAAGCUGGACUAAUAAAAGUACUUCCUAUUUUGUAAGUGAAAUAAAUAACAAGGCAGUUGCUUCCAAGUUCUUGCGGCAACAUGGAGAGCGAUGGGAAAUAGAUACAAUUUGUGAUGCAAAGUCUAUGUCUAAUGUCUUGCAGAAAAAGGGCAGGACAAGGUGGGAACACAUACCAAUGCAUAAUCAGGAAAACAGGCCAAAACAAAUUCUUGUUACAAAUGGUAAUCCUCAAGAUAGAAAGUCUAGGAAUGGUUUAGGUGUUCAAAGUAAAACUAAGGCUGUUAGGAUGAAAAAUACUUCCAAAACACCCUUAAAUGUCCUUCCUCAAGAUCUAAAUUCUGGACACAUAGAAGGAGCAGAAGUAAUUAAUAUUUCAGAGAGUGGAGAAUUUCAUGUACAGUUACAUAGAAAUUUGCAAAUAUUACAUGAGUUAAAUGUAAUGCUUGUCAGAGAAGCACAAAGAAGUGAUUUCUUUAGAGUGGAUGACAUUGAAGAAGGAUUGGAAUGCAUGACAAAAUCUGAAAGGAACUUGAAGUGGUAUCGAUCAAAAGUGAUAAAGAAAUUUGUCAGGGAGAAGUUAAUGCUAGUUUUUUUCAUGGAUUAUGGCAACUAUGAGAUGGUGUCCGUAAAUAAUGCAAAGAUGCUCAGUGACGAGAUCAAAAGUAUUCCUAAACAAGCUGUGUUUUGUAAAUGGAUUUGGUUUAAAAAACUGAAGAAAAUGCAGUUUGUCCAUGUAGUAAAUGCACUCCUGGAUCGUGAAAUAAGGAUCUUGUUUUUGAGAUACUUGGAAUCCUCACAUAUCUGGGAAGUUGAUAUUUUAAUAGGGGAAGUUCUGCUUCAGGAGUAUUUGAACCGGCUCUUAAGUCAUUGUGAGACUAGUGUUGGACAAGAAAAAUCCAGUAAUACAGACUGUAAGGAGUUUAAUACAUUGUUUAAGAUAAAAUCAAUCAGAUGGAUGCUGCUGCAGAGUGGCAGAAGGUAUCCGGGUUUUGCAACUGCAGUUACUGAUCCUUCAAACUUUUGCAUCCAGUUUGAACUCUUAUUUGAUUGCAUGAAAAACUUGUCUUUGCUGCUCUCUGACCUUCCUGAUAACUUGCCAGCUUUACCAAAAGAACUUGUGGCUCCUGGUGCUAGCUGCUUGAUGAAGUUUGGACUGGAAGCACAGUGGAACAGGGCAGAAGUUAGUGAAGUAACAAGUCAGUCUGUUGUUCUUACAUUUGUUGAUUAUGGCUUUCUGAAGAGCAUCCCUUACUCUGAUAUCCAUAAACUUAAAGUUAUUCCAGAAAGUCUGUCUGUCUUACCACGCUUGGCACACUCUUGCUCUUUACAUGAUACUGUUCCUGCCAAGGGGGAAUACUGGAGUGAUGAAGCUAAACUUUUUUUUCAGAAGCUUCUUAGUAAACCGGGUCUGAUAUUUCAUUUUAAACACUAUGGCUCUGAAAUGAAAUUAGAGGUGGAUGUUCUGUACGAGGAGCUCAAUCUAGCUCAUGCCUUAAUUGCUGCUGGCCAUGCAGUCUACUCUAGAAGUGGUUGCUGCCUUAUUCCAGUUGGCAGAAUUAAAUCAUCAGAAAACUGA